AUGGAUCCUCUCUUCGGUUCGUCAGUCGAACCACGGACUGUGGCAAUCGUUGCGACGACGGUCGUCGCAACGCUCUCCUUCCUAUCCCUUGCCCGGCUUGGUCUCUACCCCAAAUGGGGCACCGCCAUCCCUAACCCGCUCAGAACCAAGAUCCCCACGCUUGCGGGUGACGAGGUCAAGAAGCUUCCUUACCAGCCGGACUCCUUCCCAGGCGCCCGGGAUGUCGAGACGCCUUACGGCUCCAUCCGCGUCUACGAAUGGGGCCCCGCCGCCGGCCACAAGGUCAUCCUCAUCCACGGCAUCAGCACCUCGUGCAUGACCCUCGGCGGCAUCGCCCACGCCCUCGCCGCCCGGGGCUGCCGCGUCAUGCUCUUCGACCUCUUCGGCCGCGGCUUCUCGGACGGCGUCGGCGACCUUCCCCACGACGCCCGCCUGUACACCACCCAGGUGCUCCUCGCCCUCGCCUCCUCCCCGCUCGCCUGGUCCGGCACAAACUCGGUCCGCGUGAUCGGCUACUCGCUCGGCGGGGCCGUCGCCGCCUCCUUCGCCACCGCGUUCCCGCACAUGGUCGAGAGCCUCGUGCUCCUGGCGCCCGCCGGUCUCAUCCGCGCCGAGAACUUUGGCGUCCUCGCCCAGCUGACGUUCCAGUCGGGUCUCGUCCCGGGGCGGAUCCUCGCCGCAAUCACCCGCAAGCGGCUGCAGAGGCCGCUGGCGAGCAAGCGCUCCAACGCUGUCGCGGAGGAGGACGACCCGGCGGAGAAGUUUGUCGACGUCGCGGCCGCCGAGGUCUCGGGGCCCAACGGUACCGGCGACGGGGACGUGCAGGUCGAGCAGCAGGUGCGCGACUACGUCCCCUGGAUGGUGGCGCACCACCAGGGCUUCGUGCCGGCCUUCAUGUCGUGCGUGCGGUGGGCGCCGCUGACGGGGCAGCACGACACGUGGCGCGCCUUGGGCAAGCGGCCCAAGGGGACGACGGCUGUGCUGAUUGGCAAGAUGGACGAGGUCAUCGACGUCGAGGACUACACCAAGGACGGGCUGCCGUUGUUGGGCGGCGAGGAGAACGUGCUGUGGAAGGUGCUUCCCGGCGGCCACGAUUUUGUCAUGACCAAGACCGAGUUUAUCAUGCGCGAGCUCGAUGCGUUCUGGGGGUUGAAGGUGCAGUCGUAA